AUGUUAGGCUGCCAGCUGCUCUGUCUCUGCGCCUCAGACCCGGCAAACAUCCGUCUCUCAUGUUUCUCAUUCGAGUCUCACUAAGCGGACCAUGCGGCUGUUCACCGUCUCAACUUUGCUCCUGUUCUUCUUCACCUCAGGGCUUGCACUGCAGAUUCAGUGCUACCAGUGUGAGGAGAUGACACACGACUGCUCCACGCCAGAGUUCAUCGUCAAUUGCACGGUGAACGUGCAGGACAUGUGCCAGAAGGAGGUUCUGGUGAAGGAUGAUGGGAUACACUACCGCAAGUCCUGUGCCUCAUCAGGAGCCUGUCUUAUUGCUUCUUCUGGUUACCAGCAGUUCUGUACCGGCAAGCUCAACUCUGUGUGCAUCACCUGCUGUAACACACCACUGUGUAAUGGACCACGGCAGAAGAAACGUCCCCAACCAUCGGCCGCCAUUACCCUGACCACGCCACAAUUCCCUGUGUUUUCUCUCUACAUCGUCCUCCUACUGUCCUCCACCCUGUGCUGACAGACCUUCACACACUGAGUUAACCUGUAUUGACAGUGGAGACAACAUGAUCUGGAACUGUAUAAACUGAAGCAGUGAAGAAUACAUACUUUUUACGUGCAUAUUCUUUGAAGCAUGUUGGAAGCUUUGUACAGUAUUUGUUCUCUUGACUUCCUUAAUGUUGCAUCUUGCCUCCAAAGGCCAAAUUGAGAAAUUCAAUCACAUCACAUGUGUCGUGUCACAAACACGAUCUUGGUGCAGCUACAAGGAGAGCUGGGUAAGGUGAGGUGGAGGACUGUGCUGUGUAUGAAACAGCUUUUGGCUAUUUUGUUGGGCAGCAGGUGGCUCAUUCACAUCUGUCUUUAUUAACUUACAGUACAAGGUCAAAUAAGACACAUUGCAGGAAAGAAAGUUCAGAAUCAUGAUUCAUGAGUCUUAAGAAAAGUUCUCCUGAAUAAAUCUAAAUUAAUACCGUUAAUUGGAACAAUCACCAAUUUUGUUGUAUCGAUAAACUGAAAAAGACAGUAUAUAUGUAUGAAUGAUAUAUGAUUCUGUGAAAAAAAAAUGCAGGUUGGAAAAAGGCAUUGAAUGAAGAAAAACUUAUACCACUCAUAGAGUGUAGUCACUCUAUAACCAUAGAGUGGCUACAUGUUGGUGACUGCUGAUUGACUCAUUCAGCUUUAUCAAAAGAGUUCUAAAGUUAUCCUUGAAGAUGUGCUAUUUCCCUAUAAUCAGGGAAUAUGUUGUAUGGUAAGGCAUCAGUAUGCAUACCUUGACAGAAUAUUUCAGAGCCAAAUGUGUUAUGAUAACAUGUAAAGUGAUGUGCUAAACAUGCAAGAAGUUGAUGUUAUCCAUCAAGUGUAAUAUCAUGUUGCUUUUGCAGUGUUUGAGUGGUUGCUUUGGAGGUGACCUGGACCUUAAACGUAUCCUAUGGAGUUUUGUGUGUGUGUCUUUGAGGUUUAAGUAACAUGUUGAAUACAUUUGUAAAGCCAAUAUUUCAGGGCCUUUAUAGCUUACAUCUAUGUUUACACCAAGUGGUAUCCUCCAGGGCUGAAAAAUGAACCAAUGCAUACGUGCCAAAAACUGCAGUUCCUCUAAUGGUCACUUGAAGCUGGCUCCAAGAGCGAGUCACUCACCAUAUACCCCCUUGUUAAAAUGACCAAUUUACAGCAAAAAAAAAUUUUUACAGCUUGGAACAAGAAACAGUUUUGGUCUCUAUAACUGAUUUCCUCGUUCGUGACAGCUGUACGGAGGAGUGAAUUUUUAUAUAACUCACUUGCUUACUCACUUGAUUUGAUCAAGGCUUAAGUUAUGCAUAAUAAUGGCGUGGCUGCUUUGAGUGACAGGUUGUCUGCGAGGCCCAGCACAGUCUGUGAGUCAGAUCCACCCCUUGCUCCUCCACAGCUCCACCCUGUCAUUCAAAUAUAGUAACUUCUAGUUCCAAAAAUCCAAGAUGGUGAUGGCAAAGUUGAUGGUUUUAUACAGCCUGUGGUUUACGUUAGCUAACUGUCCUCUUCUUUCCUAUCUUUGCUGAUACAAGUUUCUGGUGGCUUUAGUGCUACCAGCUGUUAGCAAGUGGAACAACAUGAAGUCACUGGACAUCAUAUAGUCUCAGUAAACAAAUAUUUGCAUAUGUUUGCAGAAUCUCUAGGCAAUGGGACAAGAUUUUGGUAUCAGAAGUAUUCUGGCUUCGUUUAUAGUCCGUUUGUAGACCAAGUAGUAUUGACCAGUCAUGUUUGAGCAGCAGGUAAACAGUCUUUGUGGAGUGGUUGAACACACUGGCCGAAAUGCAAUCUCUGAACCCGUUGGCUAUCGUCUGACCACAAUUUAGCUUUUUGUUUGCUUUUUUUUUUUAAUUCUGCAUUCAUAUGCAAAAAUCUGUAUGUAGAGAAGUCUUGGCUUAGAUAUCCGGAUAUCUCCUCCAGAUCUGCCUAAAUAUUGGCCAUUGUCCCCCAGAGGCUUAGCGUUUUAACAGUGAUAGCUAAUGGGUUCCAAGACUGGACAUCCCAUAGCUUGCAUGUCACGGUUGUAUUAAAAGAACUGAAUAUUAAAUUGUUCUAAGAUGGCUUCAGCAUUAUAGUAUGCUUAUUGUAUUGGACACUGUCCAAGAAAAAUGACAGCAUCAGUCACUUCAGGAAGUGCCCCAAAACAGCACGUUUACAAUCAAGUGACAGCACCCUCUAGCACCCGUAGGAAUUAUAAAGCAUGCAAAAAAGGAAGCCAGAUGACAUUGUCAUAGAGUAUCCCAUUUCAUAUCGAGAAACAUUCAUUUAUUUUAUCAAUGACCUCAAUCGUUUUCUAACCUUAGCCACAUGUUUAUUACUGAAAUCAAUGUUUCCCUCACCUUAACUAGAUAUCUAAACACAGAUCAUGAUCUUUCCCAAAAUGGAACCUUUUUGUGUCUAAACCUGCCCAAAUCUUAACCAUAGCCCUGUCCUGUCCCACAC